AUGGACAUGGCGACGGAUUCCCAGGGGAUCAAGCGCAUCCGACAGGCUUGCGCUAAUUGCAGACGGAAGAAGACAAAAUGCACUGGAGACCGGCCCAUCUGCUCGCAUUGUCGUCGCAAUCGUUUGGCCUGUAUUUAUGAGCCCUACUCGGUUACUGUUGCAGAGACGACUACCGCCAAUCCAACUGUCUCCGGGUCCCCAAUGGCAAAUAGUUUGAAUGUCUGUUACAACCUCAUUGCACAAGUUAUCCUCGAUUUUGUCGAGAUACUGACUCGGGUGGACAUAGAUGGAAUUAUUGCAAAGGAUCAACAUGAUCGAGACCCGCCUAGCAGAGCUCAGUGGGCAUGCGCCAUGUCAAAACAAAAACGCAUCAUCCCACCCAGUUGCACAAACCCGCAUGUCACAGGAAACUACUUUCGCCCAAUCAUUGCCAUCGCCAAUUACAUUUCAAGAAAAUUCCAGGCUUGGUUGAAAACAGAUCUCUCCCUCCCUCUUCAGUUCUCUACUCCGUCAUCGACACGUACUUCGAACGCGUCCACAAUCAACCGUACUCUCCGGUUUUCAGAUCACGAGUUUUACGCGGGUCAGACACACGAAGCAUCCCAAAAGUACGCCAGGGAAUCUUGGCUGUCAGUUCUUGCAGACCACUUGACCGUGGAAGAUAAUUUGAAUGUCCAUGUUGUCCAAACCGUCAAUCUCCUUGCAAUUGUAGAUUACACGGCCGGUCGUGUCCGCUCGGGUUGGCUCAAGAUUGGACUGGCAGCUCGAAUAUCUCAAGAUCUACACUUGAUGUCCGAGCCCGAUCAGUGGCUCCCUUAUUCAGAGCAAGAAGAGCAUCGAAGAGCCUUUUGGUCAGUAUAUCUAGUGGAUAAACUGAUCUCCUGCGGCCGAUCCCGACCCCUCGUCAUCCUCGACGAGGAUUGCGAGGUUCAAGUACCCUGCGAAGAACACUUUUUUCGGAAUGGGGAAUGGCGCAAAACAAACACGAUCGGUCAGCUGCUCAACUGGAACUCAAAGGUUGCUGACAGCCCGAGCCCAUUUGCGCUCGUUGUUUUAAUGGCGUCGAUAUUUGGGCGUUGCACGCGAUACGUGCAUCAGAACAAGAAAAUGGAUGAGGUCCCACCGUGGGAUCAAAAAUCGGAGUUUUCUGCAAUCAACUCUUCCUUGUUGCUCUUAGAGUCAUAUUCCAAGAGUGGAAACUGGCGGCUUCGGGAUGUCCUCCGUGGGGGUAUACAGGUCGAUGGAACAGUCGACCGGCAAGAGAUUGGCCAUCUGGUUUUCGCACACACUCUCUUUCAUAUCUGUCACUGCCUACUGAAUCAUCCAUUUCUUGUGCGACGAUGGCUGAAGCCGUUUGGGGCCAAGGCUCCAGCUAGUUUCUCUUCCCGGGCCCUUCAUGAAGGAUGCGACCAUGCGAAACAGCUCAUGGACCUCCUACGGGAGGCUACCGAGUACGGCUAUCCUAUAGAAUCCUCAUUCUAUGCCUACUGCAUAGCUGUAGCCGGAGGGAUCCAUUCGCUGUCGUCACAUUUCGAGCGGAGCAGAGCACAAGACUCGGACAGUUUACAUUAUUUCCAACAGAGCAUAGACGCUCUAGAGAAAUUAGCGAAACGCUGGGUUCAUGCAGGUAAUAUAGCUGCUCAACUACGCGAUUUCCACUCCAUGUCACAUGAUCUCGCAAGUCUCCUCGACCCCAGCCACUUGAUGGACGAAUUAGAUUCGAAUUCGGAAGAGAUUAUGUGGUCAAUGAUUGACUAUGCCAUCAUGGGCGCCGAUUCCGACAAAAGACCCAAGCCAACCGCAAGCUUACCUUCCCCCGGCUGGGCUGUUGGGGCCGGGAUGAUGGGACCGGGGUUCGACACCCCCAGUGCGAAUCUUCUCGGUCUCACACCCUCCAGGCUGGAGGAAUUCGGUCCGCUCGGCCCGACGGCUCCUUUCGUCCAUUUCGCCUGGGCCAAGGCAUUAGGAUUAAAGUCGUUUAUUGCGCUGAAAAAUGCGGGGGAAUUAAUCACAGACAUCCACAUCAUGGCUCAAGAUCAAGCGUCGCCCUGGGAAGGCGUUGCCUCUGGCACGACAGCGGCCAUUUUGGCCAAUACUAUUGUCUACCCUCUCGAUGUUGUCAAAACCAGGUUACAGGUUCAAGUCCAACCACCGAAGCAGAAAGAGGCGGGCGACCCCGAAAAGCUCUCGGACUCUCCGGAAGCUCAACCUUAUUAUGAUAAUGCCAUCGAUGCUAUCCGCCAUAUACUCCGUGAGGAAGGUAUCCUCGGGCUCUACAGCGGCCUGGGCAGUUCUAUUCUCAGCACAGCGUCAAUGAACUUUGCCUAUUUCUACUGGUCGACAGCAGCCCGGAGUAUACAGCAGUCUGCUUUCCGAAGAUAUGGAGUCGCCGACACAAACAGUAUCAGCAAGGAGCUGGGGCUAGGGGCCAUCGGCGGCGCGAUGGCACAACUAUGUACUAACCCCAUUGCUGUGAUCUCCACACGGCAACAAACCUGCACAUCAAGCGACGAGAAAAAGUCGAUGUGGGAUACGAUGAAAGAGAUUAUCCAGAGUGAAGAUGGCUGGACUGGACUUUGGAGAGGGUUCAAGGUCAACUUGAUCCUCGUCAUCAAUCCGAUGAUCACCUAUGGUGUCUAUCAGUGGCUAAGAGGGGUGCUCCUAGCCCUGAAGCGAGGAAAAGCGCUCGGAUCUGGCGAUGCUUUCUUACUUGGGGCUCUCUCAAAGGUCCUGGCAACAAUUACAACCCAUCCCCUGAUUGUUGCGAAAAUUAUGCUACAAUCCAAACCGCCCGAUUGUCGAAAGGGCAGGCCAUUUUCGGGUUUUACUGAGGUCCUUCAGUACAUUGUGCGAAACGAAGGAUUCUUCCGACUAUACAAGGGACUGGCACCGCAGAUCAUCAAAGGGUUCAUAGUUCAAGGAUUGAUGAUGACAUUGAAAGAACGCACUGAGGGUUUACUCAGAAAAGCGAUUUUGCUGAAUGGAAAACGACUGCAUCAGUCGACUCUAAAAUAA